AGUUAACCUCCUGAAGCCCUCCUCCACAUCUUUGACAUUAACCUCACUUCAUUUGUUGUCGUAAAUUGGUGCAGCGGUCACUGUCGAAAUACAAACGGAUGUUCCUUCCUGCAGUUUCUGUUGAUCUUGUGAUAACUGAAACAACAGGUUAAGUGAGGUGUACGUGGCACCCUGGGGAGAGCUGCCGUCUUCCUUUGAGCUUGUCCCUGUGCUGCCUGCAGCUGAGACCCAGAACUAACAAGCAAAUUGAAACUGACUCCAACCACGGCACUCACACCUUCAACAACUACACACUGAUUUACUCACAGCUGACUGAAAUAAGCUGGAAGGUGCAUGAUGUCGAACAACAUGGCAAAGAUUGCGGAUGCACGAAAGACAGUAGAACAGCUGAAACUGGAGGUCAACAUAGAAAGGAUGAUGGUAUCUAAGGCAGCAGCUGAGUUGAUGUCCUACUGUGAAGCUCACGCCAAAGAAGACCCUCUAGUGACACCAGUGCCAUCCUCAGAAAACCCAUUUCGAGAAAAGAAAUUUUUCUGUGUGAUACUAUAACGCCGCAUGUACACAUCAAAUGUCUGCACAUUAACAUUUCUGUUUUAAUGUGGAUUUCCAAUCCAAGCCUUAAAGCUACAGUGUGUAGAAUUUAGUGCCAUCUAGUGGUGACGUUACAAAUUGCAUUUUUCCAUCAACAGUCAUGGUAGUUUCCCUUCACAUUUCCACUUCUUUGAUGACAUGGAUUCAUGCUUCUUUGCCUUUUCUUGUGGUAAGUAGUAUGUAUGAUCCUCCAUUUAAUGAAAAUGAGGGUUCUCAAAUAGAGCUCGAACAAUACAAGACCGAUGCCAAUCUUGAUAUUUGAUGAUUCUAAAAUCAGGUAUGCCUAUAUAAUGACCGAUAUUCUUUUUUCCC